CGUUUGUUGUCUAGCAAGUUUCUCUCCGCUCCCUAAUUUCAGAUGCAGCAAACCCUGUAAGGCUGCAGUACUCCAGCACUGUACUUAUCUCUGCUUUCCAACAGCUGAGCAAGCUGGAUGACUGAAGAAGGGUGGUUUUGCGUUUUUGGGAUAGUUUUGAGCUUGAAUAUAGUUUUACUCAUUUGGCAGAUUAGCUUCUUCGGAUGUUGUCGCGGUGUCAGUGGGCCCCUACUUCGAACUUCAUUCGUACGAUUCUGAGGCACCUUGUUGAUACCAAAAUGCAAGUUUCGUAAGAAGGAAACAUGAUUAAAGAUAACAACGACAUUAUUCCACUAAUGGGCAAGAAAACAAAUCCAUCUGGUACUCCCCCUUCAAACCAGCAAGAGAAAAAGCCGACUGAAAGCACUCCCACAAAGAAAAGUUCACACUUUUUUCUGGAGAUUGAUGGUUUCGAAAGCAAUGCAUCUCCAAAUAACACAUCCCCUCCAGUGUUUUCAAAACCAAUGGAUUCCAAUAUUCGUCCAUGUGCAUCUGGAAAUGGGGAAGACAUGGAUUCCCCACAGUCUCUUCAGGAUGAUGCGACUGAAUAUAGCCCUAAUGUAGACAGUUGUUGUGCUAACAUAUCACAAGGAGCGGAGCAGACCAGUGCCCGGAAGAAGUUGAAAAAAUACAUAUUCCGGGCAGUAUCUGAGGGGAAUAUAGAAGAAUUGCAAUGUCUGCUCGCAGAGCUGAAGGAAAGAUCAAACGCGUGUAGAAACAUGACUGUGCCAGAUUAUCUGAUGAAAAAAUUCACAGCUGUAGAUACUGGGAAAACUUGCCUGAUGAAAGCUCUGCUGAACAUCAACGAGAACACCAAUGAGAUAGUGAAUACACUACUGUCCUUUGCAGAAGAAAAUGGUAUUUUGGAGAGGUUCAUCAAUGCAGCGUACACAGAAGAGGCAUAUAAAGGCCAGACAGCUCUAAAUAUUGCCAUUGAAAGACGACAGUAUGAAAUCACCCAGAGCCUUAUAGAAAAAGGAGCUGAUGUCAAUGCUCAUGCCCAGGGUGUUUUCUUUAAUCCCAAACAUAAGCAUGAAGGCUUUUAUUUUGGUGAAACCGCACUGGCGUUGGCUGCCUGCACUAAUCAACCAGACAUAAUUCAACUGUUAAUGGACAAUGCCAGGACUAACAUUUCUUCUCAGGAUUCUAGAGGAAACAAUAUCCUCCAUGCAUUAGUUACCGUGGCAGAGAACUUGAAAACUCAGAAUGACUUUGUAAUCAGAAUGUACGAUAUGAUUUUGUUGAAAAGUAAAGACAGAAAUUUGGAAACAACAAGGAAUAAGGAGGGUCUGACACCACUACAAUUAGCUGCAAAAACUGGGAAAUUAGAGAUUCUGAAAUACAUCCUGAGCAGAGAGAUAAGAGAUAAGCCUAACAGGAGCUUGUCAAGAAAAUUCACAGAUUGGGCUUAUGGUCCUGUUCAAUCUUCUCUUUACGAUCUGACAGAACUGGAUACCACCACAGACAAUUCAGUAUUGGAAAUUAUUGUCUAUAAUACAAAUAUUGGUAAUCGUCAUGAAAUGCUGACUUUGGAGCCUCUGAAUUCACUGCUGCGAAUGAAAUGGAAGAAGUUUGCACGACACAUGUUUUUUAUGUCAUGUUGUUUUUAUUUCCUAUACAAUAUAACGCUAACGUUGGUUUCCUACCACAGGCCUAAUGAAAAUGAAGCUCCACCUUAUCCACUGGCUCUGAUGCAUGGUGUGGGAUGGCUGCAGUUAUCCGGACAGGUGAUGGUUAUGUUAGGAGCAAUAUUUUUAGCCAUAAAAGAGAGUGUAGCCAUCUUUCUGCUUAGGCCCUCAGACCUCCACUCGAUUCUCUCUGAUGCGUGGUUCCACUUUGCAUUUUUUAUACAAGCUUUGCUUGUGAUCUUCUCUGUCUUUUUGUACUUGUUUUCCUACAAAGAACACCUCGUGUGUCUUGUUUUGGCAAUGGCCCUGGGAUGGGCUAAUAUGCUCUAUUUCACCAGAGGCUUCCAGUCCAUGGGCAUUUACAGUGUUAUGAUUCAAAAGGUCAUCCUGCAAGAUGUGAUAAAAUUUUUAGUUGUCUAUAUCGUGUUUUUGCUGGGAUUUGGCGUAGCUCUUGCCGCGUUGAUUGAAACUUGCCAAGAUGGCAGUGAAUGCCAUUCCCACAGCAGCCUGGGGCCUGUUCUGAUGGAUCUUUUCAAGCUCACCCUAGGACUGGGUGAUCUGGAGAUCCAGCAAAAUUCAAAGUAUCCUGUGCUGUUUCUUCUGCUCCUCAUAACGUUUGUUGUGUUGACUUUUGUUCUUCUCUUGAACAUGCUGAUUGCAUUAAUGGGAGAAACAGUGGAAGAUAUCUCUAAAGAGAGUGAGCACAUCUGGAAACUCCAGAGAGCCAGAACUAUCUUGGAAUUUGAAAAAUUCUUACCAAAAUGCUUAAGAAAAAAAUUCCAACUGGGAGAGCGGUGUAAAGUGGCUGAAAAUGAUACCAGGGUGUGCUUAAGGAUUAAUGAAGUGAAGUGGACCGAGUGGAAAACACAUGUUUCAUUUAUUAAUGAAGAUCCAGGGCCAACAGAUCCAAGCAAAGUUCAAGAUAAUUCAAGGACUAAUAGCAAAACCACCCUGAAUACGUUUGAAGAAACGGAUGAUUUGCCUGAAACUUCUGUUUAGUUGUGCUGUUUGAUGUGUGGUCAUUCUGGAGGUUGAAAUCAGCAGCGGAUGCUGAAAACUUUGUUCUGGACAGCUGUAACCAGCUGGAACGCAAACCUUCAGUGAUGUGGUCUGAUGACUUUAACCCACUUAAUCAGGGCAGCUAAGCUAAACUAAAAUGGACCAUUUCACUGGCUCAGUUCUGAGCAGCUUGAAAACCCUUGGCUAGCCAAGUUUGCCUGAUGCUACUCAGAUGCUAGACUUUUUACUGGAUAAAAGAGUACAAAUAUGAGAUAUUUCUUCCUUAUGUGGAAAAUGAAGAUCAUAGUCUGCUGUCUUUUGGUUUGGAAUCUCUUACUCAUGGGAAAAAGUUUUGUACACUGAAAAAGGUUAAGUUCUUGUGGAGAAAAGCAUUUCAAUUCUUAAGACUACUAAAUGAAGUUUGUUAUUUUGAAAGUACAACGUUCUGGAUACAUUUGAAGCUUUUGUGUUGAUUGUCAGUGUUACUGAAGGCCAAUCAGCAAGCUGCAGCCUCUUCAGGUCUCGUUAGCUUUGUCUGAUCUGCUUUCCUCUGUGUAAUCCCCAGGGCAUAAUGCGGUGUUUAUUCCUUUUUAUUUAUUGCUGUGUAUAUGCACCUUCCCAUAAAAUAAUAGAGCAGAAACAUAACUUGAGGUAGAGAAUAUUCCCCAGUUUGUUCCAGUGGAAAGGCCUUUACUUUUCCUGUUCAUCUUUUCCUUGCUGCUGCAUCUUGCUGCAUUAAAAAAAGUUAUCACAGCAGAAGCUCUUUGUGUUUAGACGUAAAAUAAUUUCAAUAUUCAACAUCUUCAGGAAAAUAAUCAGCAUUUCUUUAAAAAUUUACAAAAUAAGUUAAAUGCAAUUGCAGACUUUUAUAGCUUUUUUUUUGUAUCCAAAGCACUAUGUAAAGCAUUUCUGUAGCUCUUAUUUCACUGCCUGUGAUGUGCUAGUACUAUAAGUUAUAGUUUUAGUUUUCCAUUUUGUGUGUGUAUGUAUAAAAAGAAAUAUUUGUUCUAUGUACUUUAAAAUUUCAAUUAAUACAGUGCAUUUCGGUGUCAUGGGUUUUCAUGGUGUGCGCUCACUUGGUGCCUGUUUUAAAGGUGCUGUUUAGGAAAGACUCAGGUGAAUUCUGUUCUGCGUGUGAAUGAUAAUACGAAUUGCAUUGGAUUCUUACAGCUAAGCCUGCUGUGGGCAAAAUGAUCCAAAAGACUUUCUUAACACAGAAGAGAGCGUGAGGGAACUCUCCAGCGGAAACGAUAGCGCAAAGCUAUUGGCAGGUACGGUGAAUGUGGUUCUCGCUACCCAACCAGUCCUUGAGACGUGCCGUAUGCUGUGUUUCCUGCCACUCACGGCCUGGAUGGAUGGGAUCAAAUGGAAAUCUUUGAUUUAGUUGUGCUUUUACAGGGCACAGGAAUCUGAGGGGAAGGACAUUUAUGUGUAUCGAUAAACCAAUGUAACAUCUGAAUAUUGUUUGGCUGCCUUAGUGGGAUAUGCGAGUAUGAGAAGAAUAAUUCCUCUGGUCUUGGAAUCUUUCAUCUUUGCUAGUUAAUUUUGCAUUGAAACUGCCAAAAAGAAUAUUGCCUUAGGAAGCUCUAUUUGGAUUCUUCUGAGUGCCAGUUGUUGUACGAAAAAAAUACCUCUUCACACAUACUCAGGAAGCAGAAUACCCUCGCCUGUGCCAUAUUCCCUGCUGCUGUGGGCUGACUCGUCACUGGAAGCAAGCUCAGAUACGCCCGCGCUGGACUGAGAUCCCACCGUGGGCGUAGCCAUGGAACAGGCAUGGCACAAACACCGUAAGGAAGGUGCUGUGCCGGUGUCCAGGCACAGAACUGUACCAGAAAACUGAGGAGGAAGCCAGGGGGUUGUUCUGAAAAGCUCUUUGCUGAGACCAGACCCUUCUGUGGCCGCCAACACUUGCCAGGUCUCACUCACUGUCUCCUGUCUCAAGGCUCUGGUCAAGAACACGAUGAAUAAUAACUAGAGCAGGUAAUUCUGUACUUUUUAUACAAUGUUUAUUUAAAUUAAAGAAAUAAAACUUGUCAUACAAUAAACACUGUCCUGUGUUUUUAAUUUAUUGCCUAGGAGUUACAAAAAGCAAGGGAAAAAGGAUUUUGGCUUAGUAGUAAAUAAGGAAGACAUCACUUUUCAAAGGAUACAGUUUGGGGGUUAAGUAGACAAUGAGUCCUUCAGUAAAUAGCUAAUUAUUGCGUCCUUGGGAAAGU